UGCCUUGAUCUUCAAAGAUGUGCAAUAAGAGAGUAGUAGCCUUGAUCUUCAUACUUGAAGCAACCAUUACAUUAGUAGCAGCCAAUGCAGACACUUCAUUGGAGUCAAGGAGACACUCCAGUCCCUACCCAUACGCCUGGCGCUGGUGGAUCGCACACAGUGUGCUGUUGAUCAUAAAGGGUGGCUUUUGGUUGACGGUGUUCAUAAUCGUGGUGUUGUUUAAAGCAUUCCCCGCAAAGCAGAGCUGCUGCUCUGGACCAAUCAUUCUGGAUGAACCAACAUUCGAUCAUCAUCUUCAUCACGAUCUUUCGCCGACUGGCUGGGGACGACAAGCAGAUCGAGGGCUUUCAGCUGCAGAUUUGCAGCGCUAUUGGAAAGAUAGGCUAGAAGCUAGUGUAAACCAUUUGCUUCAAAUUUAGAU